AUGAAACUUUCCAAGGUUACAAAGAUUAUUAUGAGCAGAAUCCAGAGGAUCAAGCCGGAGUUGGAUCCUCAAAUAAUUGAGUACCUUAUGUUGAAGGAUUAUGGCGACCAAGAGAUGAUUAGGCUGGCCUUUGGGGUAGACCUUGCUCUACAGCCCCUCAUAAAUGAGGCCAAGGCCGCCCUCUCUAGCAGCUUCUCUGUCCCAAUCAAUGCCCCCCCCAUAAGUCCACCUCAACUUUGCAUCCUACCCACCCACCAGGCCAGCCCUUUUUCUCCUAUUCAACAAUCCUUGUUGCAGCUACUCCUCACUAGGACCACAUAUUGCACUAGAAUCACAAAAAGCUUUACCCAAUUUGGAUAUGAUUCAUGGAGCUCCUCUAUGGGAGGACAAUUAUGGCUACUAUGGUAAGCUCAUGUACGGCUCUUACUUUUAAGAGGAUCCUACCAAGGGGCACCUGGUGGCUAGAUCAAGGAGGAGGUCAACGAGUCUACCCAAGCUGUUUCCCAAGGCCUGCCAUUACUACCCCAAGGGCUACUGCAAGCAUGGCGUCAACUGUUGCUACCUCCAUGAUCAGUUGACUCUUGGUCUGACCCCACCAAAUUCUAGUGAGUUGGGGGGCCAAGACCAAGUGGUCCCAUCUGGUUCGCUCGAAAAAUUGGAGCUUGAGCUCGUAGACCUUCUCAAGUCAAAGAGGGGACAUCUCAUCUCCAUCACAAUACUACCUACGACGUACAUAGAGAGGUAUGGUGAUGCUGCAGGCAUAUGGGUAUCUCAUUGAGAGCCAGAGGCAUGAGAAGCCUGACUUCAACUUGACUAGAUUGCUUGGUCGUUUGAAGAAUACUAUUCAAAUUCUAGAUAAGUAAUAGGUUGGAUCACUUCCUUUUGAUAGUAAAAAUAUAUUUUUUAUGGUUGGCACUCAUGGCGAUUUUAUAAUUGAUGGUUUAUAAUUUUUAACUCUAUAUUUUUUCAUUUUAUGAGAUUCAACAUUUUAUUAAUAUAUAUUUUAAAACUUUCAAAUUUUCAAGCCACAUGGGCAGCAUUCAAUUAUGUUGGUGGAGGAUGCUUUGAAAUAUCUACAACUUGGGAGUGCAAAGAAUGAGAUGGGAAGUAACGUUUUUGGUUCCCAGCAUAUUUAUUUUACCUUUCCUUCUAAUAGCUCAUUAGAUGAGGAUGAUGUGGCCAACUAUUUUAGGUAACUAAUAAUCAAUGCUAUUUUUUGCAUAAUUUAUGCACCAUGGUUAUAAGUUCUUUUAAUAUUUUUUUCUCUACAUCAAACAAUUUGAGUGUGUGAUUGAUCUAAGAAUUUCAACCCAACAUCAGCACAUGUUUGAUUUUGUCACCUUUGAGAGCCAAUAGAUUGCAAGAAUGGUUAUAUCUUAGAAGAAUCCACACUAUAUUUGUGGGUCCCAUGUUCGUGUCAAGCCACAAAGAGAAGUUCUGAAUUGGUGA